AGGAAGUUAGUUGUGUAUCGCUGGUAAACGUUUUGAAGAAAUCAUAAAAUUCCUCAUGGAAUCAUCAUCAGGUAGAUUUUGUGAUAAUUGUGAACAUCGUCACCGUGCAACUGCUGCUGUCACGUGGUGUCCAGAUUGCGACGAAGCAUUUUGUUUGGAAUGUGUGGAUUAUCACGAUUCUUUAAAACUUGCGAAAUUCCACAAACCUAUAUUGUUCACUGAAUAUGACAAAUUACCGUCGUAUAUCAAGAACACCAGUAUCUACUGCACGGACCAUGACCAGAAAUGUGAAUUGUAUUGUUGUAAACAUCGCCAGUGUUGUUGUAAUGUAUGUUUAAAGGAAUCACAUUUUCAAAUGUGAAAAGCUCGACAUAAUACAAGAUGCUGUAAAAAAUGUAAAAACGUCACCAGCGCUAGAAGAUAUUGAAAACGAUUUGAAGUGUCUAAUGCUGAAUUUGGAUUCUUUAAUCAAAAACAGACAGGAAAACAAAACUCGAAUAAAUGCACAGAAAGUAGCAUUUAUGGAUGAUAUUAAACGUUUACGUGAACUAUUUAAUGCCGAAUUGGACGAAAUGGAACAAAGUUUAAGAGAUACGCUAGCAUCGGACGUAGAACAACUUGAUUCUGAUUUGGAUAUUCUUGUGCAGGAAUUAGAAGUCCACAAAAGCCACAUAAGUACUCUGCAGGAGGAACUGAAAACUGCUAUUAGUUUCGCAACUGAUCUUCAAGUCUUUUUAGGACUUAAACCGUUAGAACUCAAAGUAGAAGAAGAACUUUCUUAUUUUGAAACACUUACAACGAAUGCAGCAAUGUGUGAAGUUGAUAUCGUCCUUGAUGUACCACCUACUGUGACUGCCAUAACAGAAAGCAGCAAAUUGUUAGGUGAAAUUUCACAGUCAAGAAAACAUAAUGAUUUAGAAUUUGAAGUGCGAAAGAAGGAACAAGCACAACUUUUACUACCAUCUGUUAAUGAGUUAUCGAAUAUCAAAUUUUCUGAAUUUGCAAGUUUUCAGUUACCACAAGGGGAUAACGGUAUCAACAUAUUAGGCUGUACCAUACUGCCAGAAGGAUUGCUGGUAUUUGCUGAUGACCGUAACAAUCGAUUAAUUACAUGUGACAGUGUCAGUAAUUUUCAACGAGAAAUAGAUUUAUCGUUUUCACCUCGGGCUGUUACGUACAUUAAUAAUUCAAAUGUUGGUGUGACAUGUCAGUCGUCUAGUAUGGUCGCAGUUGUUGAACUGGUUACUGGUAAAACAUUGUCGACGUUCUCGACAGUUGAUCCAUGUUACGGUAUAAGUUUUCUAAAUGACACACUGGCUAUUAGAAUAUCGGGAUUUUUCUUACUGACUACUAUUUUUGGGACAGUUAAAGCAAAGUUAAAGGCAAUUGGCCAGACACAUUGUUGUGCAGGGGAGGAUAACAUAUUUUCUUCAAGUUCGUCCAGCCAUAAAGUAUUAUGCUUUAACAAAGAUGGCGAUCUUAUAUGGCACUUUCAGGAUUCGAAAUUGCAAACUCCAAAAGAUGUGGCCGUUGACGAAAAUGGUUUUGUAUUAGCAGUAGGUGAAAGUUCAAAAAACUGCUUUGCAAUCUCACCUGAUGGAAAAACAGGCAGAGAAAUUCUAAGCAACUUAGACUUUCCCUACUCCUUAGAUUUUGAUAAAACUUCCAAAUUAAUGGUAAUCACUAACAAAAAUGGUUUCGUUCGAGUGUAUCACAAGCAUUGAGAGCUCAAAUUCAGAGGACCCUGCUACCUACCCACAUCUCAUCAUUUGAAUAUGAAACAAAUAGUUUGGACAAAAUUGAUUAUACAGAUCGUUGAAUAUAUAUUAUAUUAAGUAAACUUCAAGUUGAUCAAAAGUAAAAAAUAAAAAUUAGUAUAGGGCAAAUUUAUACGGUCUUAAACAAUUG